AACGUCCCCUCCCACUGUCACUCUGGUGCAGCCUGAACGUUGGAGCCAAGCUCAGCAUCUUCAGAUCAUCCUCUAACUGAUGCCAACAACUGCAGUCAUGAAUGUAGGGAUCUGUGUGUGUGUCAUCCUGGCUGCUUUGUCCGGAGGCUCCCUGAGCCUGCCUUUACCGUCCAUGGGAGUGGAGAGUAAAGCUCUGGUCACACAAAGCCUACCCGCCACUUCGCACAACCACACACGCCAGGCCCGCUCGGCUCCAGCACCCCCCUCAGACCAGUUCUCCCAUUACAACCAGCCCCUGGAAUAUGCUCCCAACAGCCUGAGCCAGCUCCUGGCCAGACUCCUUUCCAGAAAAGGCUCUUCCUUCCAGAGCAGAUCCUCCCUCAGCAGCAGAGCCGUCGCCCCAAACCACAGGAUAAAGGACCGAGAUUACCUCGGCUGGAUGGACUUUGGACGACGCAGCGCAGAGGAGUACGAAUACUCCCCAUAGAGGCCCGCUCGCUCUCAGUCACCCCAUCGACACCCACACACCUCAUGAUAACAGAAGAUCAGCACUGCGCUCACAACCAGAGCAACAACAAACUGCCGAUGAAAGGUCUUCGGUCUGUGAAUACAAAAGCUCCACUUUAACGCACUUUCGCACAAUAGAUCACAAACGUUACAGGACAUGGAGGGAAACAUCCAGUCGUGUUUCCUCCAUCUCCCUCUGCUCUCCCACCUGUCCACAGAAAACAUUCAUCAUUUUAUUAAAGAGAGAAACUCCAUAAAGUC